AUGGAUUUAUAUACAAAACCUUCAUUAUUUCGAUAUCUUAAAAUUUUACAACUUUUACUUACUUUAGCAUGUUUGAGUCUUGAAAUAAUGCAAAUUAUAGAAUUCACAAAAUAUUAUUCUGAUCUCAAUAUACCGACAUCAAAAUUUUUUGAGAAAUUCGGAGGUUAUGGAAUUAAAAUAUACUUUUAUAUAGUUAUUAUAAUUACAAUAAUUGUUAUUGGAUGGUAUAUAAUUAGAUUUAAUGUACUUUGGAGAGAUGGAUCAUCAUAUAGAGAUAUGGGAAUUGAUGGAUUUUUCGCCAUUUUAUGGAUAGUAUCAGGAAUAACAAAUAUUACCCCAACAAAUCGUGGAAUUUUAAAUUGUUCAUCAGAUAAUCGUAAUCAAGUUUUAGAGUGUCAGGCUUACUAUUCAAGUUUAUCAUGUGGAUGGGCGAAUGCAUUAUUAUUCAUAAUAACUGGAUCAUUAUCCUGGAGAUUAUCUUGGGAACGUGAAUGGCGAGGAACAACACAUAGACAAUCAGUAACGAGUCAGCUCAGUCGAGCUA